AUGCUGCUUUACGGCUGUUUCGUGUCCGCACUGCUCUGUGCAUUCGUCGUUGCUGCCGCACCACCUCCUGAACUGGUCAAGCGACAGGCUAUCACACCUCUCACUGCCACUCAGAUUUCAGCAUUCAAGCCGUUUACAAUUUUUGCUAGCACGGCAUAUUGCAAUCCAUCCAACACGCUUGCCUGGAAUUGUGGCGCGAAUUGCAAAGCCAACGCAGACUUCCUGCCUGUAGCGUCCGGAGGCAGGACGGACAAGAGUCGACACACACACACAGAAAUGAAAUACGACACACGUGAUGAAGAACGACACACCUGUCCAAUGUUCAACACAUUGAUGGCAAAUGUCGGUCACUUAUUCAGGAAUAUAUUGAGCAAUGAGUACAUAUACACCAAAAAUUCUGUGGUUAAGUCGAAAUCAGCCUCUCCAUGCUCACGUAAAAUUUGA